AUGACCCACCCCCGUCUCCUCCUCCUCGACUUCGACGGCACCAUAACCCAAGACGACUCCCUCGCCUCCCUCAUCGCCCUCGCCAUCGAAGCCCUCCCCUCAUACCUUUCCCCAUCCCCCUCAUCAUCCCCUCCCCAUCAACAAAACCCUCCCUCUCCACCCACCACCAUCACCACCCCACCCCACAAAGACAAACCCGCCCUCACCUCCCUCUGGACCGCCAUCGUCCACGACUACCUCGCCGCGCACGCCGCCCACCGCGCGUCCUACCGGCCCGCUGCCGAGGAACGGGCCACGCUGGCGGCGGAGCUGGCCUUUCUGGAGAGCGUGGCGCCCGUGGAGCAGGCGUCGGUCAGGCGGGUGGGUGAGGCCGGGUUCUUUAGGGGGUUGGGGGAGGGGCGGUUGGAGGAGGUCGGGAGGAGGGCGGUCAGGUUGGGGUGUCAGGGGGGUGAAACUGAAGGGGGGGUGAGGGUGAGAAAGGGGUUGGGGGAGUUUUUGGGGAGGUUUGGUGGUGGUGGUGGUGGUAAUGAUGACGGGAAGGGGUGGGAUGUGGCGGUGGUGAGUGUCAACUGGUCGGGGGCGUUUAUUAAAGGGGUUGUGGAGGCUGCGGGUGGGAAUGGAGGCAUUCGGAGGGUGGUUGCGAAUGGGAUUGGGUUUCCGGGUGGCAUGAUUGAGGGGCCGCCGGAGCUGGGCAAGGAGCCGCUCGUCACGGCGGGGGAUAAACUGCGGGCGAUGAAGUCGGCGAAGAGUGGUUUGGAGGGGGAAAAGGUCGUGUAUUUUGGGGAUUCGGCGACGGAUUUGGCGUGUUUGGUGGCAGCAGACUUGGGAGUGGUCAUGGCGGAUGACGGGGAAACUAAGCUAUUAAAAAUACUGGCGAGGAUAGGGUUUGAGGUGCCGCAUGUGCAAGAGGCUGCGGAAAGUGACCAGUUGGUUUGGGGAAGAGACUUUGAGGAGGUUCUCCAGAGCGGUGUGAUGGAGAGGAUAUAA